AGGAUUCCACAUGUAGGGACACCUGUAACAUAAACGGAAAUGAGUAUAUUGACAUCACUAUGAUGUGUUCAAACAAUACAAAAUGUUGUAGGCUUUGUAAUGAACAAUGUGGUGGGAGUUUUACUGGACAAAUGGGAAGUUUUUUCUCACCGAACUUUCCAUCCAACUACUGCAAUAGACAAGAUUGUUUCUACAACAUAACAGUUGAAGAAGGUUCGAUUAUAAUGGUGACCUUUUUAAACGUUUUCCUGGAGGAAGAGGCCGAUCGUGUUAAGAUAUAUGAUGCAGAAAUUAAACCAGAAGCUUUACUAUAUGAAAUAAAUGUUUAUCAGGCUGAUGAAAUAGAAGUAAACUCUACAUCCAAUAAAAUGAUUAUUCACUUUGAAUCCAGUCGUUUUACUACCAAUCCAGGGUUCCGUGUCAAUUACAAAGCCAUUUGAUGACACACCUACGCCAAGCGACGCUAUAGUUAAAUAAACCUGAUGUUGAACUGUAAUCUAGAUUAAAUAAGUUCAAUAUAUGUUUGUUUUUUUUAACAUAUUGUUGUCUAUAUAAUGGAAUUGAUACAACUGGCAUACAAGAGAGAGAGAGAGG